AUGGACAAUGGGGAAAAGAAGUCGACGACCUGGCAAACCCUCGCUUGGUGCACUCGCAAUUCUUUUCAUAUGAGAUUGAAGAGAGACAAGAAAUUGAUCUGUCGAAUGCGGCAAAACAACGUCCCAACGGUUUUAAAUGUCGCCGAAAAGCCAUCCGUGGCCCGGGCUUUGGCUUCUGUCUUUGCCCGAUUACCCAACGCCGUUGAUCGUGGAAUGCGUCGAGAGGGUAAUCAAGUGUUCAGCCACGAAAAUGUCUGUUUUCCUAGCGUGUUUUCUCAAGGAAAUGGUGUAUGCGUUCAAGGACCUAGUACGUCGCAACGAGCUGCUUUGUAUAUGAUAACAACAUCCGUAAGGGGUCAUUUAGCGUCCCAAGACUUUCCUCCGGCGUACGGAUGGUCCAAGUGCGACCCAAUUGCCUUGUUUGAAGCUCCGAUUGAAACGUCGUAUCGCGACGACAUGCAGCCCCUUGAACGCAUGUUGAAGUCAUUGUCACGUCAAGCCCAGGUCCUAAUUCUCUGGUUAGAUUGCGAUCGGGAAGGAGAAGCCAUUGGCGAUGAAGUACGUACCGUGUGCUUGGGGUCAAAUUCAAGGCUGCAGGUGUACCGGGCACGGUUUUCGACCGUGUUGCCAGUUGAAAUUGAGAGAGCCCUACAAACACUAGGUCGAGUGAACGAGUACAUGGUGGCAGCGGUCCAAGCCCGAUCUACGCUAGAUCUACGAGUAGGUGCCGCCUUUACACGAUUUCAAACCCUACGAUUGCAACGCAAAUUUGACGGCUUUGCUGAGCAGGGUGUCAUCUCCUACGGCCCAUGCCAGUUUCCGACUUUGGGAUUUGUUGUGGAGCGAUGGGCACGGAUUGAGACGUUCAUCCCAGAGGACUUUUGGCAUUUAGAGCUAGCGAUUUCUGUGGAUGACACUUACCACCAGCAAUCGCAAGAAGAAGACCAAAGUGCUGCUCGUGGACGUACCCAACAAAAUCGGACAAUUCACUUUUCGUGGAAACGCGGAUACUUGUACGAUAAACUUCUGACCACCGUGCUAUUCGAAGAGUGUUUGGAAGCUGGAGAAGCGGUCGUUACCGCAAUGAAUGGGCGCACUAGGAAUAAGUGGCGCCCCGUCCCACUAGCAACGGUCGAACUACAAAAGCGGGCUUCAAUGUACUUGCGAAUUGGAUCCGAAACCUUGAUGUCGGCCGCAGAAGAAUUAUAUCAACAAGGUUAUAUAUCCUACCCCCGUACCGAAACAGAACGUUUCAGACCAGAGUUUGAGCACCGCCCAUUAAUACAGCAAUUUUCCUCACUUCAAGGGGAGUUCGGGGCCUAUGCUUCCAAGUUGCUGAAUGAAAAUGGGUUUCAAAUUCCUCGUGCGGGGAAAAGCGAUGAUCAGGCCCAUCCUCCCAUCACGCCUGCCAAAGCCGUUGAUCCAAAUACUAUUCAGGACCAGAUACAGCGAAAAAUAUAUUCUUUGAUUGUAAAGCACUACUUGGCCUGCUGCUCUCGUGAUGCUGUUGGGAGAGGAACAACGUUGACAGUCCGAAUGGGCACCGAAGAGUUCAAUGCAACUGGUUUGAUGGUUAUCGAGAAGAAUUGGUUAGAAAUAUAUUCCCCCUGGGAACGUUGGGGCUCAGGGCAGGGAGAAUUACCUCCGCUCCAAGUCGGUAGUCGCAUAAGGCCGACAUCGUUCCUGAUGAAGGAGGGUCGCUCAGGCCCUCCACAACCCAUUUCAGAGGUGGAGCUUAUUUCGCUCAUGGAUCGCAAUGGUAUUGGAACUGAUGCCACGAUUGCGCAACACAUAUCCACCAUUCUCGAUCGCGAGUAUGCUAGAAAGGACGGCAGGCAAAAAUUUCUACCAACACCUCUGGGAAUCGCACUCGUGGAAGGCUACAAUUCCAUGGGAUAUCAACUGAACAAGCCCGACUUGCGCCGUGAGAUGGAGGCCGAAUGCAACGAAGUCGCUUCUGGACGUAAAACUAAGGAAGAAAUUAUGGUGCCCAUUCUUGCGAAAAUGAAAAGCUGCUACGAAACGGCAAGAGCUGAAGCUCGCAAGCUGGACGAAGCUGUUGCACGACAUUUUCCUCGACUCGGUGCCGGUGAGAGCACAUCUCAAGUUGUGGAAGAGAGUUUCAGCGAAUGCGGAGUCUGUCGCAACAGCAUGGCGUUGAAGCAAGAACGAGAAAAUAACAACCGUACAACAGCUCGCAACACUGUGCGGCGCAAACUGUUGUACUGCAGCACAUGCCGGGCAGGCUGGACUUUACCACGGGGUGUAGUCCGACCAAAAACAGAACAAGAGGACAAUGGUCCUCCUGUCAAAUGCCCCAUAUGUCAAUUUCAGGUGAUUCGGAUAUUGCGAGGGGAGGGCUAUGAAGGCAACGGUUAUCACGUUUGCCCCAAGUGCUUUUCGGAUCCACCUUCCGAUCACGGUGGUGCCAGCAACGCUGGCGACUUCCGCUGCUUUGCUUGUCAACAUCCAACCUGUGCUCUCGCCAGCGGAACACCGGGAGGUGACGUUGAAGUCUUUCGAUGCCCCUUUUGCCAUCCAUCGGCACAACCAACUUCGACCUCUGAUUCCGGGAAAGUAUGCGUACGCAAAACAUCACGCGGAUACGUACUUUCUUGCAACAAGUAUGUACGAGGUCAGGACCGAUGCUCGUAUACAAUCUGGCUCCCCAAGGAAUGCCACAAAGUCUCUGUGCUCUCGGGCGAUGAAAACCAAAACGAGAUCUGUGGUCGAUGUUCCUCGCCGCGUGCUGUCAUUCGCAAGGUCCAUUUCGUCUGGAAACCCGGUAGCGUUCCGCCGCACUUGGGGCGUGAAUGCACCGUGUGCGUGCUAUGCGAUGCCGAUUUUCGUCGUGAACUCAAUAUUUCGUUGCCACAGAUGAACCAAGUACAAAGUCGACCCCGCACGACAGCCGGUCGGGCAGGGCAUCGCGGUGGAGGUGGAACAGAGACAGGGCAGGGAGGUGCAGGAAACACUUGUUUCCACUGCGGCCAGCCCGGUCAUUUUGCCAACAGCUGUCCAAAUAGAUAG